ACCCGCCAACUGCAGCCCAAACCCGUGAAAGCCAGUCAGUAACUGUAACCCACCCACUGAAACCGUCCCAACUUCCCAAGCUCCAUUUCCGGACUGUCCUCGAGGAGACAGAGGGAAAAAAAACCUCAAAACAAUCCGAAAAAAUUUAAAGCAAUCCAACCUCAGAAAAAAAGAAAAAAAUUUCCCCAAGAAAAAAUGGAACAUCACACCACCACCACCCGAGCUGAAGCCGAACGCUUACUAGGAAUCGCCGAGAAACUUCUCCGCAACCGCGACUUUGCCGGCUGCAAAGAGUUCGCCGUCUUAGCUCAAGAAACCGAGCCCUUAGUCGACGGCUCCGAGCAGAUCUUAGCCGUAGCCCAAGUCUUGCUAGCUUCCGAAAAGCGUAUCGGCCAACACAACGACUGGUACUCGAUUCUCCAACUCCCCAACCGCACCGAUGACUCCGACCUCGUUAGGAAACAGUACCGUCGUUUCGCUCUUCUUCUCCACCCGGACAAGAACAAGUUCGAAUUCGCCGAAUCCGCUUUCCGCCUCGUUGCCGAUGCAUGGAACGUUCUGUCCGAUCCCGUCCAGAAAUCCGCCUACGAUAAGGAGCUGUCGUUUUUUACCAAGAUAGAUCUAGCUGCUAUGAAGAGGCAGAAAGAUUUACAACAGCGGCAGCAGCAGCGCCAACACAAGAAUGAUCUCUCCAAUCAGAAAUUGCCCGUCCGGCGAAGCUCUAGGGAAAUAAUACCGCUAAUAAUGCUAGUGGUGCUGGUAACAAUGCUAGCAAUGUCAAUAGCUCUACACCCACACUGCCCGGGCUUCGGGCCGGAGGAGUAA